AUGUCGUCAACGCAAAACUUUCUGUCGGAAUAUCAAGAAUACUUAACCGCCAAUCCCAAGUCCAUAUUGAAAAGUGCAUCCGAGUCGGACGAAGAAAGUGAUGGCGACGCCUCCACGAUAUCAUUCACCUCCAAUUCCUCUUCGAGAUACACCGAUACCACUUGCGUCGAAUCUCCAUUGAGCACCUCCCCCAACGAUGAUUAUUGUUUUACCACCGCCUACGAUGGUUCCUUGAAACUUUUGCAACAUGGAAAGAGUCGACGAAGUUCUGUGGCAUCGCGGAUAAGCAAAAGCUCCACCAAACGAAGAAAUACCUAUCGUCCCAACCUAUGGAAGUAUUCUUCGAUAUCCACCUGUAACAGCUUGGAGAUGACGCCGAAAGCCUUAUCGUCCAUCACAUUAUCGGCCCCCUCAAAGGUGUCGAUUUCCACCGUCGGCGAGGCAACUAAUGCUUUUGCGAUGUUUUCCUUUGAGUCGGAAAAAUGUGGCCCUGGAGACUCUAUUGAAAUCUUGAGGUCGCAACUGAACGGCAUAAAGGAGAGAAGUAUGGUCAUUAAAGGUUCACGUGACAUAACCUCGUUGGCAAAAAUGAUUGCAGCGUGGAGCGAGAGUAUACCCUUCUUAUCGAUAUUCGCUUCCAAGGAAAAAAGUCCCGUUGUCGUCGCAACCUGUGACAAUAACGACAACCACAACAAGGGUAAGGACUCUGUUGUUACUGAAGAGACGUCCAACGCAGUUGUACCAACGGAAGUUGCGAAGGUUGAUGGUAGUAGUGACAACAAGGUGACACCAAGAAAAGAUCAGUUCAAACUGUUCGAGCUUUUCGUAAAUAUUAUGACGAACGGAAGAGUUAAUUAA